ACCGCGUGAGCCCUCCACUGGCAUCCAAAGCCAUCUUUGCAUUGUUCCUGCCCCGGUGUCGGGCUGGGCUGUCGUCGCGGGGCUCAGCUCUUCCUCCUGCGCCGUCGCCGUCGCCUCCUCCGCCUCCCCCCGCCGCCUCCGCUCCCCUCGCCGCCUCCGCGCCCUCGGACCUGUCCGCGUUGGGGCUUCCUUUGUAGCGAGCUUUCCUCCGCCGCCGCGCAGCUCCCCCGCCAGCCAUGUCAGACACAGCCGUGGACACCAGCUCCGAGAUUUCCACCAAGGACUUGAAAGAGAAGAAGGAAGUUGUGGAAGAGACAGAAAAUGGCAGGGAUGCACCAGCCAAUGGCAAUGCCGAGAACGAGGAAAAUGGGGAGCAGGAAGCAGACAACGAGGUAGACGAAGAAGAAGAAGAAGUUGGCGAUGAUGAGGAAGAUGAGGAAGAAGGUGAUGGCGAAGAAGACGACGGUGAUGAAGACGAUGAAGCUGAGGGUCCCACCGGCAAACGGGCAGCUGAGGAUGAUGAGGACGACGACGUCGAUCCGAAGAAGCAGAAAACCGAUGAAGACGACUAGGAAGUAGAAUAAUAAAGAAACACACAUUUUUUUUAAACUUAAAAAGAGGAAAAAAAUUUUUAAAAGGCCAGCGUGACCUACUUCACCUUUGAAACUUCCUGUUACAAAAUAUGUCCCCUUGUUGCUAAUGGUCACCGUCAUAAAGUAGAGCAAACAAAAACCCCAUAAAAGCCGGAGUAGAGCUGCCAUUUUUCCAACUUGAAAAAAAAAAAA